AUGAACGACGAUUAUCAAACAUUAGUGCGAAAAAGGGCAUCCCUUAAAUCAAAAUUAACUAGUUUUAGUAAUUUCACAAAAGCCUUAAAUGAUAAAACGAAAAAAGAGGAAAAUCCCGGCGAGUUAGAUCUCAUUCAGUUAAACGAAAGAUUAAAUAAAAUCACAGAAACAUUGUUGUCCGAUUUCGACGAAGUACAAAUACUUCUAGAAAAUGCGGCAGAAAACAUGGAGGAACAAUUUUCCGAGCGCGAUACAUUCGAGACAAAUUAUUACAAUCAAAUUUCACUAGCCAAGCAAUUACUCAAAAAUUACGCAAGCGAUGACAAGUCGGAAAAAUCCGUAUCUACAAAAAGUUCUAGGAAAGUCAAAAAAAGUGACGAUAUCGAGGGCAUUAGAUUACCGGAAGUAGAUAUACCAAAAUUUAAUGGGGAGCAUACUCGUUGGUUAGAGUUCCGUGACACGUUUCGGUCUUUAAUUCAUGAGAAUGAAAGCAUUAAGCAAAUCCAAAAAUUCCAUUAUCUAAGGGCUUCGUUGGUAGGCAAAGCAGCCGAAUUUCUAAUGUCAGAGGAAUUCUCAGAAGCAAGUUACGACGGUGCAUUGCAAGCCAUGUUAGAACGAUUCGAUAACAAGUGUCUUUUAAUAGACAAACAUAUCAAAGCAUUGUUCGAUUUAGAACCAGUUCAAAAAGAGUCAUCAGAAAAAAUUCGUAAC